AUGAAGUUUGUCAUUGCCUUUUUGGCGCUGGCCACCCUUGCCACCGCCACAAGUGAGCUCUUCUCUGAAAAGGAGCUGGAAACUCAUUUCACCCUUUUCAAGACUGAGUAUGGCCGAAACUACAACAACGCUGAAGAGGAAGCCUACCGAAAGAGCGUAUUUGCGAGCAACCUUGAGUUCAUUCUGAAGCACAACCGAGAGUACCUGGCCGGCCGGAAAACCUUCACCGUGGGGGUGAACGACUUUGCCGACAUGACCAAUGCCGAGUUCCGUGCCCGUUUCAACGGCUUUAAGGGGCACUCCGCCGGUUUUGCUCGAUCCUCUCUCAAUCGAAAAGGUACCUUUGAGGUGGAGUCUGUUGAGGGACUGCCCAACAGCACCGACUGGACUAAGAAGAACGCCGUGACGCCGGUGAAGAACCAAAAGCAGUGCGGCAGCUGCUGGGCCUUCUCCGCCAUUGCCGCCAUCGAGGGCCAGCACGCGCUGAAGACCGGCAAGUUGGUGUCCCUUUCCGAGCAGAACAUCGUCGACUGCUCCCACAAUGGCCAUGACGCCGGCUGCGGCGGCGGUCUGAUGGACUCCGCCUUCGACUACGUCCUCACCAACGGCGGCGUGGACACCGAGGAGAGCUACCCGUACGAGGGCCGGGACAACCGGUGUCGCUUCCGCAAUAAGACCGUCGGCGCCACCAUCGACGGCUACCUCGACGUGGGCCAGGGCUCGGAGAGGUCGCUGCAGGCGGCCGUCGCCCACUUCGGGCCCAUCUCCGUGGCCAUUGACGCCAGCCAGCCGUCCUUUCAGCUGUACAAGAGUGGCCUGUACAACGAGCCGGAGUGCUCCUCCGUGCACCUCGACCACGGCGUCACCGCUGUCGGCUACGGCGCCCUCAACGGGUCGCCCUACUGGAAGGUGAAGAACAGCUGGGGCGUCGAAUGGGGCGACAAUGGCUACAUUCUCAUGUCGCGCAACAAGGGCAACCAGUGCGGCAUCGCCACAGCGGCCUCCUUUCCCCUCAUUAUCUAG